CUUGGGGCGCUGUCAUUCAUUUUUGACGUCGUCGCUGUUCGUAUCUUCGUUGUUUGUGACUGUGUAGGUCACUACUCUUGCUUGAGUUCGAAAGGCGGUGUUUCCUAACUUCCUGAAUUUUUACUGCCUUACGAUGAAUCCACAGCGAGUCAUUCCAGGCACUAUUCCACAUGGAGGAAUAUUACAACAAAGGAGUGUUAGUGGACAACAACGGCCUUUGAUUUCUCAGGCAAAUCCACAAUUAUCACAAAAUCAGGCUGGAAGUUCUGGAUUAAGUUUGCCAAAUCCAAGUGGAUAUAACCCUGUGAGUCAUCACCAACAGCCACCAAGAGGUACCGGUAUGUAUGGAAGCCAUCCGAUGUAUGGAGCUCCAUCGCAUCAACAAAAUACACAACCUGGAGCAUCCAAUCAACACUUUGUUACUUUGGAAAGUCAAAGGUCACAUCGUCAGAACGAAGAUGAACGAUCAGAUGCUCAACAACACAGAACAUCAGUUGCAAUGAGUCCAGCACCUUUAUCCAAUCUCCAAGUCCCCACUCCUAGCGCAUUGAGUAAUUACCAUGCGAACACUCCUGGUUAUCCCUUGAGUGUGAAUGUAGCAACACCAAUGACUCCUCGAACUCCUGCCGAUUCUGGGGUCGGACCACCAAUGUUACAAAAUAUUGUGUCAACUGUAAAUCUAGGAUGUAAGUUGGAUCUCAAGAAAAUUGCCUUACAUGCUAGAAAUGCUGAAUAUAACCCAAAGCGAUUUGCUGCAGUAAUCAUGCGAAUUCGUGAUCCGCGGACAACUGCUUUAAUAUUCAGUUCUGGCAAGAUGGUGUGCACAGGAGCUAAAAGUGAAACUAAUUCAAGAUUGGCUGCCAGAAAAUAUGCGAGAGUUGUACAGAAACUGGGUUUUCCAGCAAAAUUUUUAGAUUUUCGAAUACAAAACAUGGUGGGAAGUGUUGAUGUGAAGUUCCCAAUUCGAUUGGAAGGCCUCGUCUUAACACACGGACAAUUCUCAAGUUAUGAGCCUGAACUCUUUCCUGGGCUGAUCUACAGAAUGGUGAAACCUCGCAUUGUACUUCUAAUCUUCGUAUCUGGCAAAGUUGUACUCACUGGUGCAAAAGUGAGAUCAGAGAUAGAGGAAGCUUUCAACAACAUCUACCCAAUUCUGAAAGGUUUCAAGAAAGCGUCUUGAAGUCUAUAUCUUUUACUUCACAUUUGAAGAUUUCUUAUUGAAAAUGGCGAACAGCGCGAAGGAUCACACAACCCAGAUGGCGCCAAUGACUGUUCUAUUUUUGUUCCCUUGUUUUUAUCACCAUGCAAUGAACAUUGUAAUAUUAUUUAUACAUAUACAGACUUUCAAGCAAACAUAUGGAAAGAAUACAUACAAAUCAUGAUUGCA